AUGGGUUGGUUUUGGGCUGAACCUGCUUCUCCUCCGGCUGGGCUUCCUGCAGGACACCCGGCCGUGUCAUUGAACAAAGAGCCUCCGGCCAGUUGUCCGAUGCACCAGAAAUCCGCCGAUUCUUUCAACCCACACAAGUCUAAGCCCUCAGAGAAAACAUCUGCUUCCGGAUGUCCCGUACCUCAUGGUUCAUCAUCGCCAUCACCAGCGUCAGGAUGCCCAGUGCCUCAUGGAUCGCCACCACUGCCGGCGUCUGGAUGCCCUGUGCCCCAUGCCGCUCGAGAGAAGGAAGAGCCUAAGUCGGUGCUCUCUCAACUCAACCCUCUGAACUACAUGUUCCGAGACCUGUCACAGAAGCCUGCGGCCAAUCAGACGAUGGCGCUGCCGGUCGAGCGAGAGGAAUCUUCCAUUCCUAGAGGAGACGGCGAGGGCACGUGGGAGUACCCUUCGCCCCAGCAAAUGUACAAUGCUUUGCUGCGCAAGGGAUACACCGAUACCGACAUCACGGCCGUUGAGUCUAUGGUAUCUGUCCACAACUUUCUAAAUGAGGGUGCAUGGCAAGAGAUCAUUGGCUGGGAAGAGCGCUUCGCACGAGGACUAUACAAAGGAUGGCAGGUCUGCAAGCGAGGAGAAGAGCACACGGCCGAAGAGUUGGAUCGCAACUGGGAUGGAUCAAACGUCACCCCAACGCUCAUCCGAUUCCAAGGCCGACCCAAGGAUCUUACACCAAAAGCCACGAUGUUGCAAGUCCUGGGCUGGAUCUAUCCUUCCAAGUUUGGAACUGAUCUCCCCUUUGAUCGCCAUGACUGGUUUGUCUCACGAAACGUCAACGGUGAAGAAAAAGAGAUUCGAUACGUCAUCGAUUACUACUCUGGAGAGCCUGAGCCAACUGGAGAACCCGUCUUCUACCUGGAUGUCCGACCUGCCGCCACGCCUCUGGGAAGUGCAGAGCGAAUCAUCCGAUGGAGCACAGACGUGUGGUGGAAGGCUAUCGGAGGUGACCAGCGAGAACAGAACCCACAGCCAUUCUUUCGCCACAACGCUGUCAAGUCUUGA